AUGCAGUGCUCCGGCCCUCCAGGGAUUGUUUCUGUGGAACUUUCUCCUGGGGCCCGUACAUUUGGGGUCCAGUUUCGCUGGUGGCAGCCGUACCAUUCCGGGCGUGGCCAGGAUGUUUGGGCUCUUGAUGAGAUCAGCAUGACCUCUGUACUUUUCAACAUCAUCAGCCUGGACUUCAGCAAUGUGUUAGAUGUUACUCAAAGUCUAGGCUUCUAUCUGGGGAACAUACAGCCAUACUGUCAGCAAGACUGGACUCUAAGUUUCUCAGGCGAUCAUGGCACAGCCUCCAGCAUUCGCUAUGUGGAAACACAGUCCAUGCAGAUCGGAGCCUCCUAUAUGAUUCAGUUCUCUUUGGUCAUGGGCUGUGGACGUGAGCCGUCCCCUAACAUUGACACUCAGGUUCGGCUGGAAUUUUCCACCAAUCAUGGCUUGACUUGGCAUCUUGUCAAAGAGGCCUGUCUCCCUGGAAUGCCAAGCUGCUCAGAGUUUACCGCUUCCAGUGUGUACCACCCCUCUGAAUUCACAGACUGGAGACGGAUCACACUUCCGCUCCCGUAUAAAACCUGGUCAAGUGCAACACGCUUCCGAUGGAUUCAAAAUUACUACCAGGAACAGGAUGAGUGGGCAUUAGAUGACAUAUACAUCGGACAACAGUGCCCUCAGAUGUGCCGCGGACAUGGCUGGUGUGACCAUGGACACUGCAGGUGCGAUGAAGGUUUCACUGGUUCAGACUGCCAGCCAUUUUCCACUUUAUCCUCCAGUGUACUCUCUGACUUUGAGUCCCAGAACACACUGAUGUCAACAUGGCUGGAAGUGACUGGUGGACAUAUAGUGCCCCCUGACCAGGGCUGUGGGGUUGUUUCUUCUGGAUCCUCUCUGUACUUUAGUAAGGCUGGGCUAAGGCAGCUAGUGAGCUUGGACUUGGACACUGAGUGGGCAGAGUUUGUGCAGUUCUAUCUGCGUAUGGGUGGAGAUUGGGCAGAGUGUAAUCAAGCAGACAGCCGAGAGGAGGGACUUCUGCUGCAAUACAGCAAUGAUGGUGGAAUCAGCUGGGGUCUGAUAGCUGAGAUGUACUACACUGACUUCACCAAGCCGCGAUUUGUUCAUUAUGAACUUCCACCGGCUUCAAAAACACCGUGCACCCGUUUCCGCUGGUGGCAACCCCUACACUCAGGUGAGGGCUAUGAUCAAUGGGCCAUCGAUGAUGUCAUCAUCCUGUCUGAAAGGGAGAAGCAUGUCAUCCCGAUGGCCAAUCCUACGCUUCCCCAGAACUUCUAUGAGAAACCAGCAUUCGAUCAUCCACUGAACCAGAUGGGCGUGUGGCUGAUGCUGGGAAAUGAGGGAAUGGACAAGGAUCGGAAUGGGAGUUUCUGUGCACCUACGCCCUCUGCAAUAGUGUUUGGGCGCUCUGAUGGUGACCGCAUGGCUGUGACUCGAGAUCUAUCUCUCCGUCCUGGCUACACACUGCAGUUCAAGCUGAAUAUUGGCUGUGAGUCAGUCUUCAGUGCAUCUGCUCCUGUACUGCUUCAGUACUCGCAUGACGCCGGGCGCACAUGGACUCUGGUGCAGGAGGGCUGUUACCCAGCAUCACCUGUGGCAACAAGCUGUGAGGGCAGUGGAAGGGAACUAAGAGAGUCCACUAUUUACAACACUGGAGACUAUGAGCGCUGGACCAGGAUUACUGUUAUAUUACCACGAAUUGUAGCUGCAAGUAAGACACGUUUUCGGUGGUUCCAGGAGAGCAGCGUCUACCGGGACGUACCAGCAUUUGCACUGGAUGGCGUCUACAUCUCAGAGCCCUGUCCAAAUCAUUGUGGGGGUCAUGGAGACUGUAUUUCAGGGGUCUGUUUCUGUGAUAUGGGAUAUACAGUUGAGGUUGAUCACUCGAGUUGUGUGCUAUCUUCACCGAGUCCCACUGAACUGGUCGAGGACUUUGAAGGUAAACUGAGUGCACUGUGGCAAAGCUUGAGUGGGGGGCAGAUUGGGGAUGGCUGUGGCACCAUUGGUGAAGGUAAAGCCCUUUACUUCAGCAGCCCUGGCAGACGAGAAGCCCGAACCGUGCCCCUGGAUACCACCAACACUCGUUUGGUUCAGUUCUACAUUCGGAUCGGAGGGAAGAACAUGGGAUCAGCAUGUACUCGACCACGCUCUCGCAAUGAAGGUGUGAUCGUCCAGUUUUCCACAAACAAUGGUGUUCAGUGGCAGCUCUUACGAGAGCUGGAUUUUGCGUCUUUCCUGGAACCUCAGGUAGUGACCAUCGAGCUGCCCCCUGCGGCAAAGAUGCCACACACCGUGUUUCGCUGGUGGCAACCACAGCAGGGUAAACACUCUGCCCAGUGGGGUCUGGAUAGUAUUCUCAUCGGAAUGAACGACAGUGCCAGAAAUGGAUUUCUUGACACAUUUGAUGGGACGUCUCCAUUAAGACAAAACUGGUAUCGAGUCGUUGGUGCGGAAAUCACAACAGAUUGUCAGAGUCGAGACUCUGUGUUAAAGUUCACCUCUGAGCUUAUGAACAAGAGGCCGCGUUACGCUGAGAGUUGGGAUUUCGAGGUGUCCGGCUCUUCGUUCCUUCAGUUUGAUCUGAGUAUGGGCUGCAGUAAGGCUGUGUCUCCAGCCCAUGGUGUUCAUUUAGAGUUCUCCACAGACUCCGGUAGACACUGGACCCUCAUUACACCUGAAUGUGUGCCGCCAGCCAUUGGCUGCUCUGGAUACUCACAGAGAUCUGUGUACAGUACACCUCAGUACCUGUACUGGAGGAGGGUCACUGCCUAUCUUCCAAGUGCCGCCAUCUCACCCAGAACAAGGUUUCGCUGGAUUCAACCUCAGUUUGCCCCUGGAGCAGACGGUUGGGCUCUGGACAAUGUGCUGCUUACCCCUGGCUGCCCGUGGAUGUGCUCAGGACAUGGACUGUGCGACAACGGACACUGCAUUUGUGACUCUGGCUAUGGCGGUGCUCAUUGUGUGCCUCUAGUUCCUCUGCCAUCUGUUCUGAAGGAAGAUUUCAAUGAGAACUUAAAGCCGGAAAUCUGGCCAGAAGUGUAUGGGGCAGAGAGGGGCACGCUGAGCGGAGAGCCUCUAAAAUCAGGAUCAGCACUCAUCUUUAAAGGGGAGGGACUGCGUAUGCUGGUUUCAACAGAUUUAGACUGCACUAACACAAUGUACAUCCAAUUUACAUUCAAGUUCAUUACAAAGGGAGUACCUGAGCGUUCUCACUCUGUGUUGCUGCAGUAUUCAGUGAAUGGAGGAAUCAGCUGGCUGCUCAUGGAUGAGUUUUACUUUCCCACUUCCACCAACACCCUGUUUGUUCACACAGCUUUACCCCAGAGUGCACAGACAAAUGCUACACGAUUUAGACUAUGGCAGCCUUACAACAGUGGUAAAAAGGAAGAAGUGUGGGUGAUUGAUAACCUAAUCAUAGAUGGAAACAGGGCUAAUACCUUACCAGUUAUAUUUGAAAGUUUUGAGGGUGGGGCUGAUGUGGGAAACUGGCUGUUUUAUCCUGGAGGCAACACUGGAUUCUACUGUCCAUACCAGAGAGAGGGCCUGGAGGAUGACUCUGCAAUGGUGUUUAUGUCCAGCGAACUGGGUGAACACUCUAUUACCACCAGAGAUAUUGAUGUAAACGAGAACACUGUCAUUCAGUUUGAGAUUAAUGUGGGCUGCACAACUGACAGCUCCUCCAUAAACCCUGUUCAUCUGGAGUUCUCAAGAGACUUCGGAGCCACAUGGCAUCUGUUAGUUCCUCUGUGUGCUGGGGGACCAAGGCUUAGCUCUCUUUGUUCUACUGAGCUCCACCCUGCCAGCAUCUACUACCCAGGUACCACUCAGGGCUGGAAGAGAGAAGUUAUCCACUUUGGCAAGCUGCGAUUGUGUGGCUCAGUGAGGUUCCGCUGGUACCAGGGAUUUUAUUCUGGUGGCAUGAUCCCACCUACCUGGGCUCUGGACAGCAUUUAUAUUGGCCCUCAGUGCCAGAACAUGUGUCAUGGCCAUGGUACAUGUGUUCGGGGCACUCAUUGUAACUGUGAUCCGGGAUACUCUGGAGCAGACUGCUCUGUCCCAGAUAUGCCAAAUCCAGAUUUCCUGAAGGAGGAUUUUGAAGGUGGUGUUUUAGAAUCAGAGCAUUUCAAGUUGAGGAGUGGAGGAAAACCUUCCAGAAAGUGUGGCAUCACCACCAGCGGGAAUCACCUGUUCUUUAGCGACGAUGGUUUGCGUAUGCUAGAAACUUUAGAUCUGGACCUGUCAAAUGCCAGGUUUGUCCAGUUUUUUUUGAGACUGGGAUGUGGGAAAGCCACCCCUGAUCCACGCUCUCAGCCUGUGCUCCUGCAGUUUUCUGUGAAUGGAGGCCUGAGCUGGACUCUUCUUCAGGAAUUCCUGUACAGCAACAACAGUAACCAAGCACACCUGGUAGCUCUCGAGAUCCCUCUCAAAGCCCGUACUCCAGCAACACGCCUGCGCUGGUGGCAGCCAUCUGAGAACGGCCAUUUCCAUAGUCCAUGGGUUAUUGAUAAAUUAGUUGUGGGCGGCAGUGCCAGUGGUUGGGGGCCAUUAGAGGAUGACUUUUCUUCUACAAACAGCCGUUCUUGGCUGCUGCACCCCGGUGGCACACGAAUGCCAGUGUGUGGCUCUGAUGGUGAAGCUUUCGCAUUCAUCGAGAAGUCGAGCACGCGCUAUGCCAUCACCACAGACAUCAGUUUGGGCCCGGACGCCUUUAUCCAGUUUGAGUUCUCUGCUUCCUGCUCCGUCACAUCCUCCUGUUACACAAUAGAGCUGGAAUACUCAUUAGAUCUGGGUCUCACAUGGUUGCCGCUGGUGAGUGAUUGUUUACCUAUGAGUCCUGACUGCUCCACCUACACGCUCCAGAGACUGCUGGUGUCCGAUACUUAUAACAAGUGGGGAAGAGUUACUCUACCCAUACCAGCACAUGCCAGGUCUACGGCCACACGAUUCCGCUGGUUCCAGCCGGCGCCGUUUGAUAAACAGCAAACGUGGGCUCUGGAUAACCUGUAUAUCGGCGAAGGCUGUCCUGAAAUGUGUUCCGGACAUGGGUUGUGCAGACGGAGCUCCUGCAUAUGUGACCCCGAGUGGGGUGGUGAGAUCUGCGACGAGCCUCUGCUCUUUCUGGCCACGCAGCUAAAGGACAGUUUCAGUCGAGCCCCAGCACUUAAUCACUGGCACUUGCUGACCGGCGGCAAGAUCAGCACAGUGUGUGGAGUUGUGGCCUCAGGAUCAGCCCUGCACUUCAGCGGGAGCUGCUCUCGGCAGCUGGUCACAGUGGAUUUGAAUCUGACCAGUGCUGAAUUCAUUCAGUUCUACUUCAUGUACGGCUGCAUGAUGGCACCCAGCGGUCGCAGUCAGAGUGUUCUUCUGGAGUUCAGUGUGAAUGCUGGAAUCAGCUGGAAUCUGCUGACUGAGAUCUUCUAUGACCAGUACCGCAAACCUGAGUUUCUAAAUGUUCUGCUGCCCCCAGCGGCCCGGGCAGUAGGUGUUCGGAUUCGUUGGUGGCAACCUCAGCAUGACGGGGCUGAUCGUAGUGAUUGGGCCAUGGAUAACGUUCUGAUCUCUGGGUCAGACGCUCAUGCUCAGAUCUCUGACACCUUUAGUGGAGCAGCGCUGCCCAGUCAUGAGAGAGCACCUGCUGACGGCACUUACACCCAACACAGCAGCUCAUUUACUGACCACGAGGAGACCAUCGUGAGCGAUCACUGGCUCUUCUCUGAAGAUUGCUCUGUCAAGCGCUUCUGCAACUCUCCAGAUGGGGUUAUGGCAUGUGGUGGCACCGAUGGACAGGAAGUUGAUGUUGUCACACAUGACAUUGUUCCUGCCAAAGGCUGGGUCAUGCAGUUUAAGAUAGCAGUUGGCUGCAGUGUACCUGAGAGGCCUGUGGAGAGACAGGUUCACGUGCAGUACUCUGUGAACUUCGGCGUGACUUGGAAGUACCUGGUCCCACAGUGUUUACCUGCAGAUCCGCGCUGUGCCGGACAAGUGUCGCAGCCGUCUGUUUUCUUUCCCGCUGACGGAUGGAAGCGAGCCAUCUACCCUCUACCGGACAGUCUUGCAGACACUACGGUCCGCUUCCGCUUCUAUCAGAGGCAUUCAGAUUUGCAUUGGGCAGUGGAGAAUUUUUAUAUUGGUCCUGCUUGUGAAAACCACUGCGGAGGUCACGGAGACUGUCUGGACCAACAAUGCCGGUGUGACCCAGGAUUCACUGGACCCAAGUGCUACGCUAGCAAAAUUUUCAAGGCAUCACUGAAGGAGCGCUUUGACUGGGAUGGAGCCCGUGGAGCACAGUGGGAGCUGUUGGAGGGUGGUUAUCCCUGCACCGACUGUGGGGUGCUGGUGGAAGGGACUGCUUUGUAUUUUAAUGGGGCAGACGCCAGGCAGGCAGUAACUAAAGAUCUGGACUUGCGUGGGGCAAAAUUUGUGGAGUACUGGGCAAAAAUUGGCAGUGAAGAGAAUAUUACUCUGUGUCACCGCCCCACAUGUCGAAAAGAGGGUGUGUUACUGGAUUAUUCUAUUGAUGGAGGUGUGUCUUGGACUUUGCUCCAUGAGAUGGACUAUCAGAAGUAUGCAUCAGUGAGGAGAGAUUACAUUGUGUUGCCUGAGAGAGCUCUAACCAACGGCACACGCCUGCGUUGGUGGCAGCCGUUCUCACUGUCAUCAGGCCUGGUCAUGCCGAGUGUGGAGCGCGCUCAGUGGGCCUUAGACAACAUCCUAGUGGGAGGAUCUGACAUUAACCCCAGCACUCUACUGGACACUUUUGAUGAUGAGGGUGUAUCUCAUGAAGAGAGCUGGAGCUUCUAUCCCAAUGCCGUUCGCACAGCUGGGUUCUGUGGAAACCCGUCUUUCCAUUUGUAUUGGCCAAACAAAAACCUGGACGGAUCUCACAACAUCCUGGCAACCCGCGAACUGAUCGUUCAGCCUGGAUACAUCUUGCAGUUCAAGAUUGUGGUCGGCUGUGAAGCAGACAGAUGUGAUGACCAUCAUUCUGUACUUUUACAGUACAGGAGGGAUGCCAGGUCAGAUGUGUGGCAGUUAGUCCAAUCUGCCUGUCUGCCAUCCUCCAUUAACAAUGUAGGCUGCUCACCUUUUCAGUUUCACGAGUCCUCCAUCUACAGUCCAGUCAACAGUUCAGCAUGGACCAGAGUCACUAUUCAACUGCCUGACCACGUUUCCUCAGGCGCAACACAGUUUCGCUGGAUUCAGCAGGAGGCCACUGGUGAGCGCUACAGCUGGGCCGUGGACCACGUCUACAUCGGGGAAGCGUGUCCGGGAUUGUGCAGCGGUCAUGGCUACUGUACAAGUGGAUCUGUCUGUAUAUGUGAUGAGGGAUAUCAUGGUGAUGACUGCUCUUUGUCCAGCAGCGACCUGCCCAGCUCCAUAAAAGACAACUUUGAGUCUGGUUCGGUGUCCCAGGAGAGCUGGAGUUUGAUUCAGGGUGGCGGGGUCAGCAGCGGCUGCGGUCAGCUUUCUCCUCAUGCUCAUGGGGAUUCACUGUACUUUAAUGGCUGCGACACCAGACAAGCCAUCACUAGACUUCUAGACCUGACCCGUGCCAGUAAGAUCAUGUUCGUACUGCAGAUAGGCAGUCUGUCUCAAACAGACAGCUGUAAUACUGCCCUGGAUCAGGCGGAUACAGUCGACCGGGCCGUACUGCUCCAGUACAGCAUCAAUAACGGAGUUAGCUGGCAUGUCAUUGCACAGCAUCAGCCAAAAGAUUUCAUCAAGGCUCAGAGAGUCUCCUACAACAUCCCACUUGAAGCUCGUGUGAGAGGUGUGCUGUUACGAUGGUGGCAGCCGCGACAUGACGGUGCAGGUCGUGACCAGUGGGCUCUGGACCAUGUGGAAGUCAUUCUUACCCGUAAACAAAACUACAUGAUGAACUACUCGAGACAAACUGGUCUACACCACUACUACAACAGGAAAAGGCGGGCAUUGCGAACCUAAACCACCUGCCGAUUGCACAUCAUUCUGUACGCUACAGUACGCUUUCCAUGAUGAAUAAACACCAUGUCAGGUCACUACUGUCAGCAUAUGGCCAUUCUCUCCCAUCUGAACUAUACAUGGACCAUCUAGUCCCAUUUCUAGCCAAUCAAUGCCUUCCCAGAGCAGUGUGAUGGGAAAGACGAAGCACCUAAUUAUAUGGUAAUUUUUAAUAUACUGUACUCUUAAAGAACUGCAGUUUAUUAUUAUUGUUAUAUUAUUUGAACUCUCCUGAUGUGAACUCUUUCAAGAACGCGCUCUUAAAUUCACCUCACCCUCUACCACACUGUGAACAUUAUUCUGAUGGUUAUGAUGAUGACCGUUAAGUUCGGGAGUAAGACCACAGAAGUGAACAGAUGAAGAAUUCACGCUGAAGCCAUUUUAACAAGGAAGAUAAUGACAAUGUGUUUUGCUGUUGUGUGUUUGUGGGUUUGUUCUGUGAUGCAUUGAUUGUGGUGUUCCAAUCAACGUGUUAGUUUUAUACUGACUUGUAUCUUCAGGCUUUUGUCAUUUUUCUUUUGUGAGACAAGACACUUGGCCUGGAAAAGCAAAGAAACAAAGUCAGAGACAAAAAAGACACACAAAAAAAACAAUUUAAAAGAGACUAAAAACUAACAAUGUUUGUUGUUGCUGAUAAAUCACUUUUUAUAUAUCUUGGUUACUUAAAAAUAUUUAUGGUAAAUGGUCCUGUACUUAAUCUAUUUAAAAUACACCAUGCGUGAAUUUUUUUUUUUUUUUCAUUUUAAGUUAUUAGGCCAGAGGUGGGCAGUACUGGUCCUGAAGGGCCCAUGUCAUACAAAGUUUAGCUCCAACUCAAACACAACUGGAAAAGCAAAUCAAAGUCCUCAAAAUUAUUUGGAAAUGACAUGUUUGAGUAAGGCAGUAGAGCUAAACUCUACAGGACAGUGACCCUUGCGAUUGGAAUUGUCCACCCCUGUAUUAGGCAAAGAUAAGGUUCUUGUUUGUAAACAACACCCUACCAUCUACAUUGUGUGUCCUCCCACUGUGCUGUUACCCACCUUUUGUUUGAUACCUGUUAUGAUGUUUUCCUCUCCCCUUGGUGUAGCUCUCCACCACCACCUAUAUAUAUAUAUAUAUAUAUAUAUAUAUAUAUAUAUAUAUAUAUAU